CGACGCAACAAGUUACGCCGCAGAUUCAUUCGACUUUUAAUGUAAUAUGCCGGAUUGAAUGUGAAUUUAACAUUCAUAUCAAGUCAUCAUGGCUUUGAAGUGGUUUUUUAUCUUUAUUUUUGUCAGCUAUUUGAAUACAGUGUCUCUUCAACCUAAGGUUGUUUAUACACCAACUGAGUUUCCAUACUCAAAAUGUUUCGAAAAUGGUACGAACGGAGUGAAUUGUGAAAAGCUUAAUAUGAGUUACGAAAGACAAGAGAAAGAGAGCAUGUGGCCACCAGGGCCAUACGCAAUACCAAUGUGUAAAUAUGGCUGUCCGGAAUCACAGUCUCGGGGCUGGUCGAAAGGCAUUUUAAAGGUCAAGAUGGUAGAAUUUAGUAAACAUUCAGAAAGUGUCCCUAUAGUGUUGGAUAGGAAUUGGGAGCCCAAUUCCUCAUUCAUAAACGAUGACUAUUUUAAAUCGCCGCAUCGAAUGAAGAAUUGGACGCUUUUUUACUUUUGCGUGAAAUUCCGAAAUGACACUGCACUUGAUAAGGGACACUGGAUUCCAGGAAACUACAGCAUUUAUAAGAUCGGAUCUUCAUGUCCCAUGGAAUUUGAAGAAUCCACCCGAACAUUUUCUGUCACUGAAUUUGUGUCACAUGGUAAUGUUCCAGUUAUUGCAGUGAGUGAAGAAGGACAAUCUGAAAUGUUAACUAAAAUCAUCAACAUUUCAAUAUGUAAAAGAAAGAAUUCGGCUGACAUGGGAUACGUUUAUACAAAUGAAACAUUUAAAUUGUUGGAGACUGAUUUCAUUCUCGAAAAGGCAAAGGCUUUUAUUUUUCUAUCAGUAUUAAUUAGAAGUAACUUUAACAUCGGAAAUCAAAUAAAUAAAAGGCAAAUUACUAAGUAA